AUGGAUUUCUCGCAACGAGACCCACCAUUGACCUUGAAAGGCUUUGACCAGGCAUCACACUUGGCGAAAACAUUUCCGGAACCUCGCUCAAUCUCCGUCGUCCUGACUUCGCCCCUCAAACGGGCUCUACAAACUACCCUCAAGGGAUUCUCACAGGUUCUCGCUUUGAAUGGCGUUGGUGAAGAUGGCCAAAACGGAGCCGCUAGAUUACUAGUAGAUCGAGACUUACAGGAAACAAGCGAUCUACCAUGCGACACGGGCUCUGAUCGCGAUAUUUUGGAGAAAUUAUUUCCAAACGUUGAUGUUACCACGUUGGAUAAGGAUUGGUUUGUUAAAACCGGCAUGUAUGCGGCGGAUGAGGAGGCUGUUAUUCUUAGGGCCAAGACCUUUCGUAAGAAGCUAUGGAAUAUUGCCAAGUCUGUACAGUCGGAUCAAUCUGGACGUGAGGAUGGCCGCGACUUUGCGCGAGACAGUGACGAUGCGGCGUCGCUCAACGUUGCAGACGAUGAUGAAAUGGACAGCCGCAGCUUCGGGUCCUACGAGUCGGGGGGCGCCGAUGCGGACGGAGAGUCUGAUCGGUGA